CCAAACCUUUAUCAUAUCCUUCUUGAGUGUGUGUGUAUGUAUAUAUAUCUGAACUUGAAAUAAAUUGUUUUUAUGAGCCUAUAACUUUAAACCAAAAUCACGUGAUUCUCUCUUGCCUCUCAGACCAAAACUUUGGCUUCAAUAUGGGAAGUGAAUCUCCUUCCUCUUUCCCAUUAAAUGCUCCUACACAAACUUCAAACUCUGAGGAAAUCUUUAUGCAGCACAGCUUACACUUCACUGAAAGUCUGAAGGAAUUGAAGAGUUUGAGGAAACAGUUGUACUCAGCAGCAGAGUAUUUUGAGGUGUCAUAUGGGAAAGAUGAUCAGAAGCAGCUAGUGGUGGAUAGCCUGAAAGAUUAUGUGAGUAAAGCAGUGAUUAGCACAGUGGAUCAUUUGGGUUCUGUGGCAUCAAAACUGGACACUUUCUUGGAUGAAAAAGUUGAUGAAUUUUCUGAUACAAAACUAAGAUUCUCUUGUAUUGAACAGAAAUCCAGAUCAUACCAAGAAUUUAUCAACCGCAGCGGCCUUAUGCAACAAUCGUUGUUUAUGAUUACACCAAAGUAUCGGAAACGCUAUGUCAAUCCAUCUAGGGAUACAAUGUGUGCCUUACGCAAGUCAGAUGAGAACAAUAGUUUCGAAAAAGCCUCAAUCUAUUUUCAAGAUGACAUACACCAGAGUCAGCACAAGCAAGGUCACUGUUUGACAUCAGCUUUUCUAGGAGCAACAACAAAGGCCCUACCUCCCUUGCCUAGGAAAAGGCAUUCAAAGCCAUCAUCAAUAGAAACUUCUCCAAAUUCUCUUGCCUUUUCAUUCACAAGAGCUGCAUCCAACAACGAAGUGGGGAAACGAUCACAUUCUCCACUUCGCUUUUCACUCAAGCGUUCUGGAUCAUAUGCUAAUAGAUCAACUUCUCCCACUGCUUUCAAUAAACAACGGUGUCCAUCAGAGCCGAGGAGAACAGUUCACACAUCUAUAAAUCCAGCAAAAAACAGUACACAAGAUAUGGAACUCCUAUCCAAAAAGAGUAAACAUCUACUCAAAGCAUUGCUUAGCAUCAACAGAUCACAAAAAGGAGUACCGUCCAGAUACCAGGAUGACAGGUGAAAGAGCAAAGGAAUCAAGCAAUCAUACUUGAUGAGGAAUAUGGACUGUAUUGUAUCUUGUAAAUAACUGUGUUUUGUUCUUGAUCAAGUCAAAGAAGAGCCUUUUCAUCUGGGAUGAAAUUGUAACAUUAUGGUUUAGUGCCAAAAGAUGCAGUAAAGUACUCGUAAAUAGGGAGUACUACAUUUGGGACAUUGUAAGAAUAUAGAAUGUUUCUUCUUGCCAGAAACAAUUGAAUUAUGCACUGUAAAGGUUAAGAAAGUGAAGGUCGAACAAAGCUAAAUUAAAACUGAUACAAGCUAA